UUUCUUAAAAGACCAUUGCGAGUUUCAGCUCUUAACUUUCUUCAAAAGGCAACAAUCCAAGAAUACGAAUCACAACUACUUUAUUAUCAAGUCAUAAUUCUUUCAUUUUCUUUUUAUCAUGGAGAAACAGCUCAAGCUGAAGAACAGGAUCUUGAAAAUACUACCAAAAGCCUCAUCAAUCACUGUGACGUUUCAAAACCAACCCUUCAGCCCAGGUAGGUGGGAUAGACAGCAUCAUCAUAAUAAUCAUGGCGUCAAGGGGUUCUCUGGCCCUAUCAUGCCUAUGAUUCCACACGAAGCAAGAAGCAAGCCUAAGGGGGAAAGAAACAACACUGAUUAUCAAGAACCAACUUCACCAAAGAUCUCAUGCAUGGGACAGAUCAAGAACAAGAAGAAACAGCACAAGAAAGUCAAGAAAGCAGCAGCAUCAGCAACAACAACAAAAUCCACUUCUAAAGACAUAGAGUUGAAGAAGAAACAUGUUUCCAAGUUUCAGAGGAUGUUAUUUUCGGCGAGGAGAAAAUCAAGUGCUUCUCUGCCGCAUCAAGAUGAUAAUAAGAAUAAAGACGCGGUUGCAGUUGCACGUGCGGAGAGAGCACCGCACGUGAGCCAGAUGAAGAAGUUCGCGAGUGGACGUGACGCUUUUGCUAACUUUGAUUGGAAAAGUCAUGAGCAAGUGGUGGCUGAGAAAAGAGAAGAUUUCUAUUCUGAUGAGGAAAGGGUACAGCAGAGGAGCGAUGAAGAAGAAGAAGAUUAUGAUGAUGAUGACGACGUCAGAAUCCCUUUCUCUGCGCCUAUAUUGGUUGGUGGCGAUAGUGUUGGUGAUGGAGUUGGGCUCAAUUUGAAGCCACGCAAAGAGAUUAAUCUAUGGAAGAGAAGAACCAUGGCACCGCCUAGGCCUCUUCAAUUGAAUAUUUGAUUAUACAUUGAUUCAUUUUAUUCUUUUUCUUUUUGCUCAUUAGAAUGAAAAUUUCUUCUUUCUUUUCAA